ACUUACUUGAGCCUUGUCGUUGAACUACAAGAAAAUCAAAAUCAUGUCUCUCUUCGCGACACCAUCGAAGCACGCAUUGGUUUCGCUUUCUUCAUCGUCUGCUCCGACCAGUAGGAAUGCUGGAAACUGCUCAAGUUUCAGCAGCACUAUGUCGAGCAAGGGGUUCGAGCGUCCGCCGUCUGCAUCUUCCUCGUGUGACGCUGACCCCGAUGCUGAGAAGAUGGGAACAUCUUCAUCAAGCAACAUUAUAUCAACAUCUCCUGACCAAGAACGUCCUCCAUGUGAAGGUGCUUCUAGCUUAUCUGGAGCUUCUGGAGACCAAGGUCAAGGGGAACUUCGAAGUAAAGAAUUGUAUAGUUAAGGCUAGUAAAGAAGUUCCCUCUAUAAUUCUUAGAUUUAUCACUUCGACUUGAAAUAAUGCAAUAUGAUAUUAUAUAUAGUUGUUAAGGCUAGUAGAAGCAAUUUGAAAUUCGAUGAUAAGCAAUUUGAAAAUCAAUCGAAUUAACAUAAGAAGAUCUAAAUCGCCUUGUUCGAAUCUCCUCAACAAGCCAUGCUCAAGAAGCUCACGCUCAUCUCAACACGCUAAUGCAAAGUAGGAGCGAUGAUGUAUUUCCUGGUGUUUUGUAUGUACGCGCACUGGGUCCGGCUUCUGACGUUGUACUUUAUCGCGAUAGGAUGCACAGCAGCUCAAAUUGGCGCUCUGGUUGCGUUUAUGAAGACAAUGAUGAUUGCACAGAACUAAUUGUGUAAGUACGUGUAGAUGUUGUACUAAGAAUGAAAGUGUCAGAACAAGUAGACCGGAAAACUGUUAUUGCUGUGUCUUUGAUUCAUCUACAUCUUCUGGUGACUACCAUCUCCGGGUCCGGACUAGUCUCACAAGAUCAUCGACGAUCCAUGAUACCUGCUUCAUUUCAUCGUUUGCGGCAAGCUAACGACGAUGUUUACUUUAUGAGAAGGUUCGUCGUCAAGUUUUGAUGUUGUGCUGCUGGAGAUCCAAAAAUACUUCCAAUUACAAAUUACGCUAAGAAAAAUAUCGAAACUGCUCAAAAGAAGUGGAAGGAAAAACUGUUUUCUUCAUUAUAUGCUAUGAUUUUUCUAAUCACAAGCCCCUUCGGCUGUUGGAUCGCGGACCGUCUCCGAUGUGCGCGAACUGUACUCGUUUUUAGCAUUUUCGCGAGUCAGGCGAUGUUCUUCUUGCUGCCUUUCGCCGGACAAAGCUUCUAUUACACUAGUAGAGGUGAGGACUCUACUGCUAGUACAAGAACUACUUCGUCUUCCACCAUCGCCACCACCAGCACUAGCACGUCUUCCUCCUCUAGUGCGAGUACUUUUUUCCACCUCCUGCCAGUGGUAGCAGUGUUCCUCGCCUUUAACCUAGUCCGAUCGCCACAGAAUAGUCUCAUGGAUGCGCUGACAUUGGCCUUGGGGGGAAAUGACAACGGGUUUUGGUCCAAAAGUAGGAUGUGGGGAGCCAUCGGGUGGGGCAUCAUGCAUGUGAUCCUUGGAGUUCUUCUUGAUGCUGCUGGUGCUGCGAACACCAACUACACUGCGACAAGUAGGAGUAGUAGUACAACUCCUAGAAGCGGCAAUGCUCAAGUGGGAAGUGGAAAUAGAAUGUUGAUGGCUUCGCACGCUGGCACAGCAGAACCGUCUUCUCCUACUGCUGCAGCAAGUCCUCCCACUGCUUCAUCUGCUAGUGAAGAUAGUACCAGUAAGGAAAUAUUAAAUCGAGAUCGAGGGGAGACCGCCACAGCCAAGAAAGACCAGGAGGUCCUUGUCCAGGAGAAUACGUCUACAUCAGUGGCAAGAACAGGUCUGCAUCAGUCUUUUUCAAAAAAUCUAGAUACAACUGGGACUAAAGGAACACCAUCUUCAUCCAUCGUGGCUGCUAGUACUGCUACUGCCUCGUCUAGCACGACGUCAAAUUCGAAUAAAGCAACGACCUCCACCUCCACCGACACAGUUCUUACUCCCGCUUCCUCCUCUCCAGCCAUGUCCUUUCUGCCCAUAUGGGUAGGAUAUCAGUUCUUUGCUCUCUUAACCGUUCGCGGCCUGCGAAAGCACUACCCAGACCACGCCAGCAAGGACGCGGCACCAGUUAGUUGGUCUCUCAUUCGCGAGAUGCUUCACACGCGACGCAUUUUCUUCUUCAAUCUUACAUUAUGGCAAGAUGAACGGACCGCAACUAUUUUGAGUUAGACACCAGGGCCAGGACCACGAGCUAUUAAUGUCUUCACCAGGACGAGCUAAUGUCUUCAGCUUCACCACGACGCGCUAAUGUCUUCACCAGGACCACGAGCUAAUCUCUUCACUUGCUCUCUACCUUCGCUUCUAAGCAACGAGCCCCUCUUGCCCAAUUCCCUCUUCUCCCCUUCUCUCAAUCCCCAUCAUCGGUCGUGGUGGGUUUUCUCUCCCCUCUUCUUCUAAUCAUCAUCCUCGGUCGUGGUGGUUUUUCUCUCUCCUCUUCUUCUAAUCAUCAUCCUCGGGGGUGGUUUUUCGCUUGUCGAAACUCUCCUCUUCCUGGUCUUGGAAAAGCUGAAUGCUUCAGCAACACUGUGUGGCUUGUCCGUUUUGACAACGGUCAUCUUCGAACUACCGAUUUUCUGGUAUGGUGA